AUGGAAAAUAAACAUUUCUACAUUCAAUAUCUUGACAAUCAGCCAGUCAGGAUUGAUAUUUAUAUCAAUAAUGAAAGGACUGCUUUGCGGUCUUUUCCACUUGAUAGUGUUGGUGACCUGGUUGUAGCAAUCAAGCAAACACUUCCAUCGAAACUUGGUGCUAUAGACCCUGACAAGCUCACCAUCCAUUAUGUGGUCGAUGGUCCAGCCAUUGCUGGGAAUACUCUGUUGACCUCCAUUCAGGAACCAGUUGGUUCUUACGACCAUUCACUUGUCAUCAAAUCAAAAAAUGAUUCUGGUCAAAGUCUUGUUAAUCGUCUUACAGUAGACGGUAAAGCACAAAAUUCGAUGCUGCCAUUUAAGCUUUCUCGCAAUCCUCUUGCUUAUCUAAAUGUUCAAUAUGUCCGGUUUGGUUAUUGUAAAUACCUUGCCGAUACGUUGGGCGUACAAUUGAACUUUGAUAAUCUCCCUCAUCGUGAUUAUGAUGUGAACUCUGAUUUUUUUCGUCAGAUAAUGGGAGCGCUUCUUAAAAAGGGGAUUAAGCGUGUGGUAUUUGAUGAAUCACAAAGACACCUUGGACUCAUUGAAUUCAUUGUCAAGGAAGGUGCUAAACGACCUCACUUUAUAAUAACGGGAACUCCUCCUCAUGGAAAAAACGCAAUUGAUUACGGAGGCAGCGCUUCAGCAAGAAUGGCAGGGGUCAAUUUAUCGGAUCUAAGACCUCCGGAAGUUAAACAACUGAUACGAGCUAUACUCCAAAUUGACGACUUCUUUGCAAAAGACAUGCUUGCUCAAUUGGAUGACGAUACCAGAUCCAAAAUUGCUCUUGGCGAGAAAUUUCCACAGGAUUUACUACAUAAGUGUAUCGAUGAAGCCAGAACAGCUCUUCGGGAAAGAGGCAUCAGUGCUGAUUUACUCAACGCGAUUCCAACAACUGGUGUCAACAGGAUGGCUAUUCAGCAAGAUCUUCAAAAAGAUGUUUCUCAACUGGUGAGACGAGGACUCUUGAAAGAGAUUCCGUAUUUCUCAAGCUCUAAGGAAUUUCGAAUUUGUUGGACUGACUACAACGAAGGACCUAACAUUGUUGAAAAAUCUUGGGCUCGAUGCCGGGGGUACGCAAUGGAAAAUAUUAUUUGUAGCUUUGUAGGAGAGGCUCUUUUUCGUAAACUUGGAAAUAUUCUUAACCUCCCGAGUAAUCGCUAUGAAUUAUAUGAAUAUUUUUACGAUGGAACUGAUGCCGAUAUACUUCUUCGUGAAAGGACACCUUCUUUGGGUGAUAUUGACAAAACUUGGAAGCGGCAUUGGGUUGUUUUUAACAUCAAAACCAGCAGUGAUGCUCUCUUGAAUACUGAUUCCGUGCAAAAGUUCUCUAGGUUGUGCGAAGCUAUUUCUAGGAAGGAAAAUGACCUUUUGGAUAAGUGUUCAUUGAUUCUCGUGGCUGCUCAAAUAGAUGAAGCAACAAAAGAAAAGUUGCUGGUAACCUGGAAAGACUUUGAUGUUCUCGGUGUCUACGAUUUGGAUUAUUUAUUUAGCAACGUACCUGAACCCGCUGUCAAAACUAAGCAUAAUUUGCUUGUAGUCGAACGAACGAUUGAAAAGGAAAUAAUUGAAAAGACGCAACACGAUACGAUUUCUUUGUCUGGUAGAUAUCGAUGCGGCAAGACUACUUUUUUGAAAGAAUGUUAUGGCGAAGAUAAUGGUUGUAUUUUUGUUGAACUUCCGGAAUCCAAGAUACAACCGCUUUCCUUGGAAUUGAAACGAAUUGAAUGUAAUUAA